AUGAUUGACACUGUGAACGACGACCACAAACAGGCGAGCAACUGGGUCGUAGCGAAUCUUAUUAAGGAUAGAGUUGCUGGAACCGGUCGUAUUUACAAGAUAAAGCAUAUUAAGGAGGAUGUCCGUAAAGAGUUCGGGGUGAACAUAAGUUAUGACAAGGCCCAUCGAGCACGAGAGUUAGCAUCUGCUAUUGUUAGGGGCCGACCGGAGGACUCCUACAUGCAUCUCCAUGCAUACAAUGAAGCGAUAAAAAUAGAGAAUCCAUGUGCUAUUUUCCACAUCGAGACUGAAGGUUCGCUUAACUUCAAAUACUUGUUCAUGGCAUUGGGUGCUAGCAUUAGAGGGUUUCAGCCAAUCACAAGGCGUGUAAUCAUGGUUGAUGGCACACAUUUGAAGGGGAAGUUCAGAGGAGUGAUACUAAUAGGUGUCGCCAUGGACGGGAAUAAUCAAAUAUAUCCACUUGCAUUCGGGAUUGUAGACAACGAAAGCGAUGCAUCGUGGAAGUGGUUUAUGAAGAACUUGAAGGACAUGAUCGGACACCCACCAGAACUUGUAUUCAUAUCUGAUCGACAUGAUGCAACGUAUGUGUAUCGGAAGUCACAGUUCACGUACUACUGGAACCAGAUACUAUCGGUUGGAUCGGGUUCACUUGCCAAAUACUUACAAGAAAUUGGGGUAGAACGGUGGGCCCGAUGCUACCAAGUUGGUAGAAGAUAUGAAAACAUGACGACAAACAGCGCUGAGUCGUUUGAGAAGUCUCAUCGCUACACAGUCAAAUCAGUCGACUGGUGCAUGUUUCAUGUUGAGGACGGUGGCUUGGACGGGAAGGCUGAUUUGAAUGCCCGUACAUGUACAUGCAUGGAGUUCCAGUACAUGGGCAUUCCAUGUUCGCACGCAAUUGCAGUAGCGAGGCACAAGAAUAUAAAUUGUCACACGUUGAUCGAUCCAUGCUACAGUGUGGACUCCCUAAUUGGUGCCUACGCCGAACCAAUCUUACCGGUAGGCCACAUGUCGGAAUGGAAAAGGCCAGUUGAUUACCAGCCUAUUCCCAUCCAACCACCAGAACUUGUUAAACAUGCAGGCCGGCGUAGAACGCAACAGAUCACCUCAACCGGUGAGCGUCGUGUUGUCAACAAGUGUUCUUGA